UAUAUUAUUUAGUAUACCAAGAUCAAUGAGAAUUUUGAUGACAUGUGCGGAAAGUUCAUUAGAGAUCUUUUGUUUUAGAUUUCCAUACAUGGUGACGACUCCUACGAAUAUCGCUGGACUAAUGAACAAAAAUAUGAUGGAUAAUUCCAAAAAUGACAUGGUUUCCGAAGAGUUGAAUGAUAUUAAACUGGACAUGCUUAGAUAA